AUGUCGAUUAAAUCGAUAUUUAUCACGGCCGUAAUAGCCUUAUCUUCCUCCAUCUUCUUCUUCUUCUUCCCCUCUCAUGACCCCUCUUCCUACCAUUCCCUCUUCAUCUCUCCAGCCCUCUCGAGCAAUGACUCUAUCGCGGCCCAUCUCCGCACCCUCACUCGCCGGCCCCACAUUGCGGGCUCAGAGGCCAACUACGAGGCGGGCGAUUACGUCCUCUCCACCCUCUCCUCCCUCGGCAUUUCGUCCCGCGUCAUGCCUUACGAAGCCGCCCUCGACUAUCCGGGCCACCGGUCACUCGUACUCCUCGCCGACCCACGCGUCGAGUUCGCCCUCGUCCAGGAGACCUAUGAGGGCGACCCGUACGCCAACGUGUCCGCCGAAGCAGUCCCGACUUUCCAUGCUUAUGCUCGAUCGGGCACUGCUGUGGGCCCCGUUGCGUAUGCCAACUACGGGCGUGUGGAGGAUUACGAGGUGUUAAAGCAGAUGGGGGUCAAUAUCUCGGGCAGCGUGGUACUUGCCAGGUACGGGCAGAUAUUUAGAGGGGACAUAGUCGAUAAUGCGUUUGCUGAGGGGGCGGUGGGGGUGCUCGUCUUCACGGACAGGAAGGACUUUGGCGGGGACGAGUGGUUUCCGGAUGACAGGUGGAUGCCUCCGAGCGGGGUCCAGCUGGGCUCCGUGUACAGUGGGAUGGGCGACCCCACCACGCCAGGCUGGCCCAGCACACCCGCCUGUGAGAGGAUAUCGGACGACCAGGUGGCGGAUGUUCCGCUCAUACCUUCUCUACCAAUCUCCUGGGCUGAUGCUCAUGUCAUUAUUAGGGAGAUUGGCGGACAGGUGGCAGCCGAUGAUUGGCAAGGGGGGAAGGAUGCCCCUGUUUACCGACUCGGCCCGGGACCCGCAGCCGUCAAUUUGACUUACAUAGGGAACCAAGUGAUUAAAAGAAUCGAGAAUGUUAUCGGUGUAAUCGAAGGAUGGCAAGAACCUGACAGGUAUGUUAUUCUGGGUAACCAUCGGGACGCAUGGUCGUUUGGGGCUGCCGAUCCCAACAGUGGGACCGCAUGCCUUCUCGAGAUUGCUGAAAGAUUGUAUAAGCUUCAGCAGAAGGGGUGGAAGCCAAGAAGAACUAUCAUUUUCUGCAGUUGGGAUGGAGAGGAAUUCGGCCUGAUAGGGUCAACAGAAUGGGUUGAAGAGAAUAGACAAAUGUUGGUUUCGAGGGCCGUGGCUUACUUGAAUCUUGAUGUUGCAGUUGCUGGACCUCUUAUACUACCACCCUCUGCAACUCCACAGCUUGAUGAUCUGCUUGCACAAGCUGCUAAGCAGGUCCCGGACCCGAACAACUCAUCACAGUCGAUCUACGAUUCUUGGAUCAGCUCGACAGAUGAUUUUACCUUUGGAAGAUUAGGAGGUGGAGGGUCGGAUUAUGCAUCUUUUGUCCAACACAUUGGUAUUCCAGCAAGCGAUUUAUCUUUAGGAGGAGAUUACCCGGUGUACCACUCGUUGUACGAUGACUUUGUCUGGAUGAGCAAAUUUGGUGAUCCAAUGUUUCAAAAGCAUGUAGCAGCAGUCGCAAGUCUUAGUGGUUUAGUAGCACUCAGACUGGCAGACGACGAGAUUUUACCAUUCAACUACACCUCUUACGCGCUCGAGCUUCAGAAAAGUGCAGAGGAGUUGAAAAGUCGAUUGUUGAAUAGAACCGUGACCCUCGAUCCCCUGUUCAAGUCCAUCAAUGACCUCGAAAAAGCUGCCGCAAACAUAAACAACGAGCGGAAGGCAUUAAUGGAAAGCAAAGGGUGGUCAUCAGUGAGGAUAGACGAGCAGAAAGCAAGAGAGUUGAACGACAGGCUGAUGAUGACCGAGCGUGCAUUCACGGACAGUGAUGGGCUUACGGGAAGGUCGUGGUACAAGCAUUUGAUCUAUGGACCAUCAAGGAACGACGAGUACGGCUCCAGCUCUUUCCCGGGAGUCGAUGAUGCAAUUGGAAAUGCACUCGACUUAAAUACGAGCGAGUCUUGGAGUUCGGUACAACAUGAAAUCUGGCGAGUUGCUAGGGUCGUUACACAAGCUUCACUAUGCCUCGGGGGCACGUUAACAUGA